GUCAAGGAUCAGAAUCGGAACACGCGAGGCGAAACAUUCGACGCCGGGGAGAAAUUCGAAAUCCCUUCCGCUGUAUAGGGUGAUCGCGUAAUUGAGACUCCAUGUGAGAGUGGAGAUGGCGAACACUCUGAUGGAAGGCACCCAGGAGUUCGAGCUCGUUUUCGGGACCUAUGAAAACUUUGUGGUCGGGUAUUCUUUUCGACGACUGCAGGAUGAUCUCUUCACACUGGAACAGAGUUUCGCCAGCCCGAGUCAUAUCGCGUCGGUGCGCGCAGUCAGUAGUGGCGGGAAGUUUUUAGCGUCGGGAUCUUCGGAUGAGACCAUUCAGCUGUACAAUAUGAGAACCCGCAAAGAGAUGGGUUCCCUUAUGAAACAUUCCGGAACCAUCAACGCUUUGAAGUUCUUCAAAAAUUCUCAUUUGUUUUCUGCAAGCGACGAUGGCACGAUUUGUGUUUGGGACACGGGAAGCUGGCAGUGUUUAAAAACGCUCACAGGUCACAAGCAAGCAGUCAAUGAUAUUGCUGUGCAUAGCUCAGGUAAGCUCCUCUUGUCAGUUUCGAAGGAUAAGACUAUCUACACCUGGAAUCUGGUGAAGGGUCGGCCAGCCUUCAUCUCGAAAUUGAAGUGUGAAGCUUCACGUGUAGCCUGGUGUCCAUCGGAAACAUUAUUCGUAAUCACGCAUGGAAACGACUGCGAUAUAUUCUCUCCGGAAGUCGGUGGGGUUGUCGGCUCUAUAGAUUUCGGAAGAAGGAUAUCUGAUCUCACUUUCAUCGGCGAUUACCUGGUCCUGAGCGGAGACGAGGGCAAGGUCGGCGUUUUCGAUCUGACAGUGAAAGACGACGUGGGCAAGGUGGCGCCGUCCUGUAUAAUAGAAUUUGAAGCCGAUCCUCGGGCUCGGAUAAAAUGCGUGGAAUACGGAGGACCGAAUGAGAGGAUGGGAUGCCAUUACUUGGCAACCGGGACCAGUGAAGGGGUAGUUUCAGUGUGGCUACUGAAUGCCGCCGACGGGGCCGAUAAACCCAAAUUGCUGGCGAAGAAGUCCGCUGGUUGCAGAUUGACAGCAUGCUCCAUUUUCCGCGAAGAAUAAACAAGAGCUUUCCCGAAA